AUGACGACUAAAAUAGAUAGUCCUCCACCUUAUGAGGACGCAGUACACCAUCCUAAGUAUGGAAACUACCCCCACCAGCCGCAACAUGGCUCCCCUCUUCCACCACCUCCAUCUUACAGCCCCAGUCCAGGCAUGUGCCCUGGCCCGCCUGGCUACUGGGGCCGUGAGGGCGUCUACCCGCAGGCCGGCAUGUGGUCAGCCCCUGGCUUCUCUCCAUCUGGGUUGCCCACCACAAUACCGACUCUGUCUGCUGGAGUGCCUCCGUCCAACUCAGGAGACAUGGAGGAUCUUCUGAGCACCCAGUGGGAAAGCACAUCUAUUCGGCAUGCCUUCAUCAGAAAGGUUUACCUAAUUUUAGCAGCACAGCUUGUCGUCACCUUUUCAGUUGUUGCUGUCUUUACAUUUGUUGACCCAGUGAGGCUGUUUGUCAUCAGAUACCCUGGCAUCUACUGGGCAUCUUUUGUGGUUUAUUUUUUGGUUUACUGCAUUCUCAUCUGCUGCAAAGGGCCGAGGAGACGUUUCCCAUGGAAUCUUGUGCUGCUGGGAAUAUUUACUCUCGCCUUGUCUUACAUGUCUGGAACAAUUUCAAGCUAUUAUGAAACAAAAGCAGUGUUUCUCGCCAUGGGAAUAACAGCAGUAGUUUGUAUAGCUGUCACAAUCUUCUGCUUCCAAACCAAGGUGGACUUCACCUCCUGUGGGGGACUUCUCUGCAUUGCUGCCGUUUUGCUCAUGAUCAUUGGGAUUGUUACAGCCAUCGUCCUUUCCUUCCAAUAUGUCCCUUGGCUGCAUAUGCUCUAUGCUGCAAUUGGAGCCAUCGUUUACACUCUGUUUUUGGUAUACAACACCCAGCUUCUUAUUGGAAACCGAGAAUUGGCCAUCAGCCCAGAGGAAUACAUCUAUGGAGCACUCUCUCUCUACGUUGACAUUGUUCACAUUUUUCUCUUCAUCCUUCAAAUCAGCGGAGCUGCGACUGAAUAA